CGAGCAGAGCUGCAGCCCCACAGAAGGAAUCUGCGCGCCCCGUGUCGCCUCUCCGUUCCGUCAUGUUCCCGGGCGUCUCCUCUCCGCGGACACCUGGGCCCGGGACCCGAAGGGGCCCGCUGGGCGGAGUCGGACCGGGCUCCACGCCCCGGGCGACUAGCAGAAAAGGUCUGUCACUAGGGUCGGCAGUCAGCUCCCCGGUGCUCUUUUCGCCGGUCGGCCGGCGUAGCUCGCUGAGCUCGCGAGGAACACCUACACGAAUAUUGCCACACCACUGUGUAACUGAGUCUAUGAACUAUGAUGUGAAAACAUUUGGAUCUUCUCUUCCUGUUAAAGUAAUGGAAGCCUUGACAUUGGCUGAAGUUGAUGAUCACUUGACUGUUCACAUAGAUGAAGGAGGAUGGGCUUGUCUGGUCUGCAAAGAGAAACUCAUUAUUUGGAAGAUUGCUCUGUCACCUAUUACUAAGUUAUCUGUUUGCAAAGAACUUCAGCUGCCGCCUAGUGACUUCCCUUGGAGUGCUGACUUGGUGGCUCUCUCUUAUCCUGAUACUGCAGGUGAAGCACAUUCUACUCAGGCUAUUGCUGUCAUGGUUGCCACCAGAGAAGGAUCCAUCCGCUACUGGCCAAGGCUUGCUGGUGAAGAUACCUACAUGGAGACCUUUGUAGAUUUGGGAGGUGAUAAGACUUACAGUUUCCUAACAGCAGUGCAGGGAGGAAGUUUUAUUUUGUCUUCAUCGGGAAGCCAGCUGGUUCGGCUGAUACCUGAUAGUUUAGGAAAGAUUCAUCAACACAUUCUGCCUCAAGGACAAGGGAUGCUUUCAGGAAUUGGUCGGAAGGUUUCUUCUCUUUUGGGAAUUUUAUCUCCCAGUAGUGAUCUCAUUCUUUCAAGUGUCCUUUGGGAUAGAGAGAGAGCAAGCUUUUAUAGCCUGACAAGUUCGAACAUCAGUAAAUGGGAAUUGGAUGAUUCUUCAGAAAAACAGGCACAUAGUUGGGAUCUAAAUAGAGUCCUGAAGGAAAACAUUACUGAUGCUAUUUGGGGAUCUGAAAGUAACUAUGAAGCUAUUAAAGAAGGGGUCAACAUUCGGUAUUUGGAUUUGAAGCAAAACUGUGAUGGGCUCCUGAUUUUGGCAGCCGCAUGGCACCCAGCAGACAAUCCAUGUCUCAUCUAUUACUCUCUGAUAACGGUAGAAGAUAAUGGCCACCAAAUGUCUGAUGCAGUAACUGUGGAAGUCACUCAGUGCAAUCCACCUUUUCAGUCUGAAGACUUGAUUAUGUGUCGGUUGAUGGUCCCAAACUUUUCAAAUCAGACUGCCUAUCUGUAUACUGAAAGUGCUGUCUACGUGUGUGCCACUGGAACUGGGAAGUUUUCUCUUCCUAGGGAGAAAAUUGUCUUUAAUACACAAGGAGAUAGUAUUUUAGGAGCUGGUUCCUGCGGUGGUUUUCCUAUCCUUUUUUCUAGAAACAGUGGGUUGGUGUCUAUUACUUCAAGGGAGGGUGUGUCUAUAUUAGCAGAAGACCUUGAAGAUUCCCUAGCAUCUUCAGUUGCUGGACCCAGCAAUGAGAGUAUGGUUUUUGAGCCUUCUACAAAGAAUGAAACCAUAGCCCAGGAGGAUAAAACCAAACUGUUAAAAGCUGCUUUUCUGCAAUAUUGCAGAAAAGAUCUAGGUCAUGCUCAAAUGAUGGUUGAUGAGCUCUUUUCCUCCCGUUCUGAUUUGGAUUCUGAUUGUGAACUAGACAGAGCUGUUACACAAAUCAGUGUGGAUCUGGUGGAUGACUACCCAGCAUCUGACCCACGGUGGGCUGAGUCUGUGCCUGAGGAAGCACCUGGGUUUAGCAAUACAUCACUGAUUAUUCUUCACCAGCUAGAAGACAAGAUGAAGGCCCAUUCUUUCCUUAUGGACUUUAUUCACCAAGUUGGCUUAUUUGGACGUCUUCACACUUUUGCAGUAAGAGGGAUGCCCAUGGCAACUCGACUGUUGCUCUGCGAGCAUGCUGAGAAGUUAUCAGCCGCCAUUGUUCUCAAGAACUACCACUCGAGGCUCUCUGACCUGGUGAACACAGCAAUAAUGAUUGCUUUAAACAAGAGGGACUGUGAAAUCCCAUCCAACCUGACUCCCGCAGACGUCUUUUUUAGAGAAGUGUCCCAGGUAGACACUGUCUGUGAGUGCUUGCUCGAGCAUGAGGAGCAGGUCUUAAAGGAUACAUCAUUGGAAUCCGUUGAGUGGGCUGAGGUGGUCAUCAAUGUCAACAGUAUUCUUAAGGACAUGCUACAAGCUGCUAGUCAUCAUCGGCAAAAUAGAAACUCCUUAUAUAGAAGAGAAGAACCGGCAGAACAGGAACCUGAAUAUGUUCCCUGGACGGCAACAAGUGGUCCUUCAGGCAUCCGAACAGUAAUAGAACGCCAGCAUGGGAUUGUCCUGAAAGUGGUUUAUCCUCAGGCAGACAGCAACCUCCGAAACAUUCUGACAGAGCAGCUGGUGGCACUGAUUGAUUGCUUCCUGGAUGGUUAUGUUUCCCAGCUGAGGUCUCUGGACCGAGCUGGUGAUCAAGAAAGAUACAACAGUCUGGAGAUGGAGUACCUCCAGAAGAGAGCAGAUCUCUUAUCUCCACUUCUCACACUAGGCCAGUACCCGUGGGCUGCUUCAUUAGCAGAAAAGUACUGUGACUUUGAUAUCUUAGUACAGAUGUGUGAGCAGACGGACAACCAGACCAGACUCCAGCGCUACAUGACCCAAUUUGCUGAUCAGAAUUUUUCAGACUUUCUCUUCCGUUGGUAUCUGGAGAAAGGAAAGCGAGGCAAAUUAUUAUCUCAGCCCAUUUCUCAGCAUGGAGAGUUGGCGAAUUUUUUGCAGGCUCAUGAACAUCUCAGCUGGUUGCAUGAAAUUAACAGCCAAGAAUUAGAAAAGGCUCAUGCAACACUUCUGGGUUUGGCAAACAUGGAAACUCAUUACUUUGCAAAGAAGAAAACCCUUCUGGGUUUGAGUAAAUUGGCUGCAUUGGCUUCAGACUUUUCAGAGGAUAUACUGCAGGAAAAAAUUGAAGAAAUGGCUGAGCAGGAGCGCUUUCUACUGCACCAGGAGACCCUGCCUGAACAGCUGCUGGCGGAGAAACAGCUCAGUCUCAGUGCGAUGCCGGUGCUCACUGCCCCUCAGCUCAUCAGCCUGUAUAUCUGUGAAGAAAACAGAAGAGCUAAUGAAUAUGAUUUCAAGAAAGCUUUGGACCUGCUGGAAUAUAUUGAUGAGGAGGAAGAUGUAAAUAUAAAUGAUCUAAAACUGGAAAUCCUUUGCAAAGCUCUUCAGAGAGAUAACUGGUCCAGUUCAGAUGGUAAGGAUGAUCCAAUUGAAGUAUCUAAAGACAGUAUAUUUGUGAAAAUCUUACAGAAACUUUUAAAAGAUGGCAUUCAGCUCAGUGAGUACCUGCCAGAGGUGAGAGACCUCCUGCAAGCAGACCAGCUCGGAAGCCUGAAGUCUAAUCCUUACUUUGAGUUUGUUUUGAAAGCAAACUAUGAAUAUUAUGUUAUGGGGCAAAUAUAACUUUUUUAAAAAAUGGUCACUGUUCCUGAAAAUGUGUGGAAGCAUGUCCUUAUAAAAAUCUUAGGCCUUAAACAUCUAAAAAUUUGUACAGUUUUAUAA